AUGCCCCCCAAAAUCCUCCCCCCAGCAGCCAAACAAUCCAAAAUCCUCGACUUCUUCCGCACCACCACAUCCGUCUACACCCUCCGCGAGCUCGAAAAAUGUCUCCCAGGCGUCGCUGGCAUCAACGGUAUGCAAGUGAAGGAAUACCUGCAAGCGUUGUCCGAUGAGAAUCUGAUCCGCGUGGAGAAGAUUGGGAGCGGAAAUUGGUAUUGGUGUUUUGUGAGUGAGGAGAGGAAACGACGGGAGGGUGUGUUGAAGGGGUUGAAAAAUGAGAAGGGGGGUCUGGAGGAGAGGAUUGUGGCAUUGGAGGGGGAGGUUGAGGUUGAGGAGGGGAGGAGGGGGGUUGAUGGGGAAAGGAAGGAGUUACUUGAGAGGUAUAGGGUGCUGGUGGAGGAGAAAGAGGGGCUGGAUGGGGAGUUGAAGGGUUUUGGGGGGUGUGAUCCGGGGGAGAUGAGGAGGAUGGAGAGGGAGAUUGUGAGGAUGAGGGAGGAGACGGGGAGGUGGACGGAUAAUGUUGAGGCGUUGGAGAGUUUUAUUGGGGGGCUUACGGGGGAUAGGGGGGCGACGCAGGAGUUGAUGGAGAGGUGUUGUGGGGAGGAGUAUGUGGUUGGGGAGGGGUUGAGGGAGUUGGGUUUUGAGGGUUGA